AUGGCCGACUCGGUAGCGUACGACAAGUACAUGAAGGAUACCUUCGAUGAUCCCGCCAUCGAUGUCGACGAUCUGGAUGCCGCUAGCUACAACAACACCUAUGCUUCCGGCAAGCGUGUCGAAUACGAUGACGAUGACGAGUACUCGGAAGAGAUCACUCAGGAGGACUGCUGGGACGUCAUUCGCGCUUUCUUCGAAGAAAAGGGUCUCGUACGCCACCAGCUCGACAGUUUCAACGAGUUCAUGUCCAACACCAUUCAGGAGCUCGUCGAAGAGGUGCGCAGCCUCACCCUCGAGCAGAGCGACCAGCAUUCCGGCCACGCAGAGGACAAGACCCGUCGAUACGAGAUCGAGUUCGGUCAGAUCUACCUCAACAAACCCACCAUGACCGAAUCCGACGGCAGCUCCGCCCAGCUCUUCCCGCAAGAGGCUCGCUUCCGUAACCUCACCUACUCGGCUUCGCUCUUUGUCGACGUCACCCAAAAGGUGCUUGUCCAGAGCGAAGACGAGGUCGACCUCAACGGCGACCCGGCUUGGAUUCCUGAGUACGGCAAGACCGACGUCGAGGAGCAGCAGAUCUUCAUCGGCAAGGUUCCCAUCAUGCUCAAGUCCGACUUCUGCUGGCUCAAGGGUCUCGACGAUGAAAUGUCCUACUCGCUCAACGAGUGCCCCUACGACGCAGGCGGAUACUUUGUCAUCAACGGUUCCGAAAAGGUGCUCAUCGCUCAGGAGCGAAUGGCCGCCAAUCAUGUCUACGUCUUUUCCAAGGCUCCUCCCGCCCCCGUCACCUUCCUCGCAGAGAUCCGCUCCGCCGUCGAAAAGGGCGGCAAGACCAUCUCCACCAUGCAGGUCAAGCUCUUCUCACGCAACAAGGAAAAGACUGCCAACAACACCAUCCGCGCCACCCUCCCUUACAUCCGCAACGACAUCCCCAUCGUCAUCGUAUUCCGUGCCCUCGGUAUCGUUCCCGAUCGCGAGGUGCUCCAACACAUCUGCUACGACUUUAACGACACUCCCAUGCUCGAGAUGCUCAAGCCAUGCAUCGAAGAAGCCUUCGUCAUCCAGGACCGCGACGUUGCCCUCGACUUUAUCGGCCGUCGUGGUACCACCACCGGUCUCUCGCGUGCGAAGCGUACCGUCUACGCACAAGAGAUCCUUCAAAAGGAGAUGCUCCCCCACAUCUCCACCUCCGAGGGCUCCAACACCAAAAAGGCCUACUUCUUCGGCUACAUGAUCCACCGUCUCCUGCUCGCCGCCCUUGACCGCCGCGAGAUCGACGACCGUGACCACUUUGGCAAGAAGCGCAUUGACCUCGGCGGUCCGCUCAUGGCCAACCUCUUCCGCAUGCUCUUCCGCAAAGUCACCCGCGACGUCUACCGCCACCUCCAAAAGUGCGUCGAGGAGCACCGCGAGUUCCACAUCCAGGCCGCCGUCAAGUCCUCCACCAUCACAAACGGUCUCCGCUACUCGCUCGCCACCGGUAACUGGGGUGACCAGAAGAAGGCCAUGCAGGCAAAGGCCGGUGUAUCGCAGGUGCUCAACCGUUUCGGCUUCGCAUCCACCCUCUCGCAUCUUCGCCGCACCAACACCCCCAUCGGUCGUGACGGCAAGAUCGCCAAACCUCGUCAACUCCACAACACCCACUGGGGCAUGGUCUGUCCCGCCGAGACGCCAGAAGGCCAGGCGUGCGGUCUGGUCAAGAACCUCUCCCUCAUGGCUACCGUCACCGUCGGCACCCCCUCGGCGCCCAUCGUCGAAUUCCUCGAAGAAUUUGGUCUCGACAGCCUGGUCGACAUGCAGCUCGCCCACGCAAAGGCCACCAAGAUCUUUGUCAAUGGCGUCUGGAUGGGUACUCACGACGACCCCGGUCAGCUCGUCGACACGCUCCGCGACCUCCGACGAAAGGACGACAUCUCCCACGAGGUCUCGGUCGUUCGAGACAUUCGCGAGCGUGAACUUCGCAUCUACACCGACGCAUCCCGUGUCCUCCGCCCUGUCUUUAUCGUCAACCCACACGACAUGACGCUCCUCAUCAAGAAGCACCACGUCAACAUGAUCGGUCAGCCCAUCCCCGAGACGGGCGAAGAGUUCCGCUGGACCCAGCUCGUCCAGCAAGGAGUCAUCGAAUACCUCGACGCCGAAGAAGAGGAGUCCGUCCUCAUCUGCAUGUCCACCACCGAUCUCGAACAGUCGCGCGAGUACAAGGCGCGCAACGGCCAGAUCAGCCUCCACUCCGCCGAUCCCUCGGCACGUCUCAAGUCCGUCCACACCAUCGCACCCGACACAUGGACCCAUUGCGAAAUCCACCCAGCCAUGGUGCUCGGCAUCUGCGCAAGCAUCGUUCCCUUCCCGGACCACAACCAGAGUCCACGAAACGUCUACCAAAGUGCGAUGGGAAAACAGGCCAUUGGCAUUCCCAUCUCGAACUUCCUCUCCAGGGCCGACUCGAUGUGCCACGCCCUCCUAUACCCGCAAAAGCCGCUCGGUACGACGCGAUCGAUGGAGCACUUGCGCUUCCGAGAGCUUCCCGCGGGUCAAAACGCCAUCGUGGCCAUCAUGUGUUAUUCCGGUUACAACCAGGAAGACUCGGUGAUCAUGAACCAGUCGUCGAUCGAUCGAGGUCUGUUCCGCUCGAUGUACUACCGCGGCUACAUGGCCGAGGAGAAGAAGGUAGGUGUGAUGCAGCUGGAAGAGUUCGAAAAGCCGCAUCGCGAUACGACGAUUCGCAUGAAGCACGGAACGUACGACAAGAUCGACGCCGACGGAUUGGUCGCACCAGGCACGCGUGUGUCGGGCGACGACGUGAUCAUCGGCAAGACGGCGCCGCUGCCGCCCGAUUCGGAGGAGCUGGGUAUGCGAUCCAAGCUGCAUACCAAGAAGGACGCCAGUAUCUCGCUCAAGUCGACCGAGAACGGCAUCAUCGACCAGGUGCUGGUGACUACCAACUCGCACGGCAACAAGUUCGUCAAGGUGCGUGUGCGCAGCACGCGUGUGCCGCAGACGGGUGACAAGUUUGCCUCUCGUCACGGUCAGAAGGGUACCAUCGGUAUCACGUACAGGCAAGAGGACAUGCCGUUCAGUUCGGAAGGUGUGACUCCGGACAUCAUCAUCAACCCACACGCCAUUCCGUCGCGAAUGACGAUCGGCCACUUGGUCGAAUGUCUGCUGUCCAAGGUAGCAGCGCUGUCGGGACAGGAAGGUGAUGCGACGCCGUUCACAGAGUUGACGGUCGAGGCAGUGUCUUCGAUUCUGCGUGGAUUGGGCUACCAAUCGCGUGGUCUUGAGGUCAUGUACCACGGCCACACGGGCCGCAAGAUGCAGGCGCAGGUCUACCUGGGACCGACAUACUACCAGCGUCUGAAGCACAUGGUGGACGACAAGAUCCACUCGCGUGCGCGAGGACCUGUGCAGAUCCUGACGCGACAGCCGGUGGAGGGUCGAUCGCGUGGAGGUGGACUGCGAUUCGGAGAGAUGGAGCGUGAUUGCAUGAUCGCGCACGGUAUCGCCGGAUUCCUCAAGGAGCGUAUGUUUGAUGUGUCGGACCCGUACCGAAUCCACGUAUGCGAUCUGUGCGGACUGACGGCGCUGGCGAACCUCAAGAAGGGAACGUACGAAUGCCGAUCGUGCCGCAACCGCACAGCGAUUUCGCAGAUUCACAUCCCGUACGCCGCCAAGCUUUUGAUGCAGGAGCUGAUGAGCGUCAACGUCGCGCUGCGUCUCUAUUAA